CUUCUCCCUGUUAAAAAAGAUCCAAAACUAAAAUCAGACCCACACUGAGAGUGUUGAGGAAGAAGAAAAAUGGAAGGAGAGCUCAGACGGGAUAACGGCUCGGCGGUUCUGGAUUGGAUUCGCCGGCAACUCCUGGAGGAGGACGAUUUCGAUCUUCUUACAGCUUCCACAUCUCCAGCCCAAGAUUCAUCAUCGCCGCCACGUAGAAGCGCAAAUUACAAAGGAGUGAGGAGAAGACCAUGGGGAAAAUAUGCCGCCGAGAUCAGAGAUCCAAACAAGAACGGAGCCAGAAUCUGGUUGGGGACCUACGAGACCCCCGAGGAGGCUGCCGUGGCAUAUGACCAGGCAGCUUUCAAGAUGCGAGGCUCCAAGGCUAAGCUUAACUUUCCUCACCUUAUCGGCAUUGACCAGGCUGAGCCCGUGAGGGUCACUAACGGUAACAAACGCCAACGAUCAAUGGAGCCCAAUUCUCAGGCAGCCAAACGGCGAAACAUAAUUAACCUUACGGCUACAACACUUCCUUCCCUCGGAUUAAAGCUGUCUGUAUUACAAAAACACCUACAACGACUAUGAUUCAUUUGUUUGAUUUCUUCUUUUUUUCAUUGUCCAUAUUUUGCUCAUUUACUACUCUACUAUUUCAACACCAAACAAUCCUCCCCCGAUUCUCCCUAUUUAUUGAUUAUGAUUCAUCGUCUACAGAACCAUCUGUGAAACAAAUGGUAGAAUCAUCU